ACCUCAACACAGCACCACCAACCAAGCAACCUCACUCGCUACAAACAAGAAACAACAAGCGAAAGUUUUCUCUCGAGAGAGGAGGAGAAGACCAACACCGGGAGGAGAUGGCAGCAGCAGCAGCGACGAAGGCGUCGUCGUGGAUGGUGGCCAUGAGCGUGGGCGCCGUGGAAGCGCUCAAGGACCAGGGAGGCCUCUGCCGCUGGAACUACGCGCUGCGGUCCGUCUACCGGACCGCCAAGGCCAACGUGCGCAGCGGCAGCAGAAGCUUCGCCGCGCAGCGGGACAAGGACCUGGCCCCGGCGGCGGAGAAGGGGCGGCAGGACAAGGCCGCCGCGGAGGAGGGCUUGAGGACCGUCAUGUACCUCAGCUGCUGGGGACCCAAUUAACUAGCCUUUCGUAUCUUAGCUGGUCUUUGGCCUUCUUCAGCGACCGCGAGCUCGCGAGCUGAUUAUUGUAAAUAUACGACGAUGAUCGGAUGAUGAUGAUGAUGAAAAGUUCUGCCACUUCCGUUCGGGCGUUUUGGACUGUGUACGAUCGACUGACUUCUGAUCCUGUACAAUGUACUGGCGUGAAAUCUGAGAGCUUUGAGUCCACGAUUCCAAAUUCCAAGUAGACAGGAGGGAGGGUUCAUCGCAUACCGGCGUUGCAUUCCCUGUCCUUUUAGAUGAAGUUUAUGCUCAAAAUACAGUAUCUUAUAAGUUUGGU